AAGGCGAAAAUGCUUCUUGGUAUAAUCAAAGACGUGCACGCACGACACGGGGUAUGGGACUUAAAUCACCUCUUCGAUUGUUCUGAUGAAGAUGCUAUGAGAGAACUGAUUAGCUACAAGGGAGUUGGACCAACAUCCGCCUUUUGCGUUAUGAGCAUCUGCUUGCAGAGGGAAACUUUCGCAGUUGACACGCACAUCUAUCGCGGUCACUGGAUUGUGCGGUUGGAGACCGGAUAAAACGAGCAGAGAGGCGGCGCAGGAUCACCUUGACAAAAGAAUUCCAAACAAGAUCAAGUUUGCCUUGCAGUUUUUGCUGAUUAUGCAUGGGAGGGAAGGUGAGGUCUGUCAA